AUAUUUUCCAACAGAAUAUGGAGGGAUACCAAGUCGUUAGAAUUUGCAGGAUAUACAUCAAUAUUAUAUUAUAUUUUGUAACGUAUGGUCAUGUAAGAAAGUCGGUGUUAAGGAGAUGGUUAUCAGAUGUAUGAUAAGAAAGCGUCUAGAUAAAGCUGAAUACUGCUACACAAGAUGGCCGCGUUUCUUAAGUAUUUGAUAAUAUGGAGUUUUCCUCUCUUCCUAGAGUCCCUCAGCGAACACAACUGUCCCAGUGGAUUCGUGCACCAUGGGUCCUCUUGUUACCUGUUUGUUAUGAAUUCUACCUCAUCUUGGAUUGGCGCUGCCAAUUUUUGCAAAAUUCGCCACGGGAAUCUGGUGGAAAUUGAGUCGGCUGAGGAAAAUAAUUUCAUAGAGAGAGAACUCCGGAAACUGCCAUUACCAGAGGAGAAGGAGUUCUGGAUUGGGGCCUCUGACAGAAUAAGGGAGGGAGAGUGGACGUGGUUUACCACCCUCUCCCCGAUGAACUUCACAGCCUGGCAGCCCGGAGAACCCAACAACAGCGACGGAAACGAAAACUGCGUCAUUAUCUAUGCCGUGGACUUUCUCUGGAAUAACCUGGGUUGUGCAAGGAGAAUUAACUUCAUAUGCGAGAUUCGAUUACAUGAGGACAAACCUCCAGUCGGUAUUCUAGGCUAAAGGCAUCCAACUUGAACUUUGUCUUCAAAAUAAAUUUGCUUGUUUGACCGA